GAAAAUCAGUAGAGAUCGGUGAUCUGUGAGAGUAAGGUAUUUAACGUGGUAUGUUCUAGUGGCGUAUUUUGCAAACAAGAAUAACAUGUUAUAGUAUUUGAACCAACUAGUGAUCGAAAACAACAAUACAUUUUGGAUAUUGGAAUGCCAGUAAAUCCUCGGGGAAGAGUUAAUCAUGCUGUCACUGCAGGACUGUGUGCUGCUGCAUCAAGUUUGUUUGGGAAGUUGUCCAGAAUACAGGAUUAUUCAACAUGUGUGGGAUUGGCAAUAAAUACAUCGCUAAUUGUGCUCAUGGUGGUCUGCAACGCGGGGGUGUGGACAUGUUUUGUUAAGGCACUACAACAAUCACCCUCGUCCUUACCGCCCACCGUCACCAGCACUGCAGUGAACUAUGUCAGCUCGGCACUGCUGGGCCGUCUUGUAUUCGGAGAAGCGACCACUUUGUUGUGGUGGGGCGGUGCUACACUGGUGAUGCUGGGUCUGAUGCUGAUCUGUAAGCCACAUAAACAACAUGAACAAUAAACUCAUCGCAAAAUA